AUACUGUGCUUUAAGCUGCCAGAGGAUAUCAUACUUAGCUCUUCUGCAGAAAAGCAAGUGUUGCUUUCGAAGAGGCACUAUAACAUGAAGCGUUCAGAAGAUCACAGCACAGACCUACUGAUUCUGCAUGAAGAAGAGGCCGAGGAGUGGGGAAGAUACCUUGUGCAGAUUUUCUCAGAGCAUUUCAAUCAGAACAGUCUCCACUGUUAUAAAAUAACAAAUGCUAAGGAGCUGAAGAGUGCUGCACCACAGCUAGCCAGUUACAAAUGUAAAUUACUUAUACUGACCAAUGGUUUACUGACUGGAUUGACUACAUCAAUGAGAAUCCACCUCGGCAAGAUUUUUCAGCCUCCUGACAAUGUGGUAAUCCUGCGGUGUGGUGUGGUGAGCUCAGACAAACUAUAUGAGCUGAUAUGUGCAGAGAGAGGGUACUGUGAGAUCUCCAGUGAGCAGGAUCCUCAGGAGUACUUGGCUGCUGUCACCAGCAUUAUCAAACCAGGUUCACUGGUCAAGCCUGAUCCCAGUCCAUUGCCUGAAGAGAUGAGAUUGAGCGAUCCAGUUGAAGCUGCAUCAUCAGAUUCUGCUAGCUCAUCUGUAUUGGUGAUUCCCAACAGGAUACAAUGUAAAAAUCCCACCAAAAUGUUCAUCCUGCUGAGAGAUGGAACAGUUGGUGAAAACCCUGAGGUGGAAUUCUUGGGGAGCAUAAAGAAAGUCAAGAUCCAAGCAACCGUAUGGAACUCCCAAGCCAUUUGUGUCCAAGCCUUGGAUUUUCCUGCCGGCCCUGUGACAGUUAAUAUUUACUGCCAAGGGUUCAUCAAAGCCACAGCUCACAUUGUAUACUACACUGCCAUGGAAGAGAUUGAAUGUUUGCUUCUUAAAGCAGCUGAUCCAAUAGAAUUCAUCUGUCAGGCAUUCGAGAUCAAUUCGCGAGACAGGCUGGAUCAGCUCUUCACUAGAAUGCUGCGGAACAGGUUGCCUCCCGGGGGUCUUGGCGUCUUCCAAAUGCAUGGCCUUGAUGAUACCAUUCAAAGUAACUAUACACACAGUGAAUUUCCAACACUCCUGCAUUUUGCUGCCAAAAAUGGACUCCAGAAUCUUACAGCUGUGCUCAUGGAAAUCCCUGGUGCAAUCCAGGCCUGCCGAGUCCUCAAUAAAUAUGGAGAGAGCCCAAGCAGUCUUGCUGAGAGCCAUGGGUUUAAGAAACUUCAAGAGCUCAUAGAUAAAUUGGCGUUACAAUUUGAAAGAUCAGAGGAUCAACGGCACGAAACACUGCAGAGUAAUUAUGAUGUGGACUCCGUAGGUCUGGACGAAGAGGAAAAUGUCUAUGAAAUAAUGACACACAUUCCCAAUGCUAAAGAAAGAAAAGACAACUCAAGUGUGAAAGACAUUGAAGAAUACGAUAAUGAGGAUAUUUACACCUUGGCUUUGGAUGAUGAUCCCUACGAUAUGAUUUUACCAGAAGAGAACAGCAAUGGGGCAAUGAAAAAGGAAUCUUCUGCCAAUGUUUCAAAAAGACCACCAGCACCUAUACCUCGACCAAGCACACUUCAGUAUGGAAAUACCCCCUUUAUAGCUCAAGUGUUUCAGCAAAAGACUACAAAGGAAGCCGAUGAGAAACUGUAUGCUGUGCCCCGAGAUGCUGCCAGAGGCGAAAGCCCCACGUAUGAUACAUUUGGAAAACUCCAGAGCCCAGCCCAGCAGCAGCUCAUCCAUUUGCAACAACAAGUCAAGAAGGGCAUGCUGAAACUGGAUGAAGCUGAGGAAAAAUUCAAACAGUGGCAGAGAGAACAAAAGGAUCAAGACACCAUACAACAGGGAAAGUUGCGUAAUCUCCGAGAGAACAUUAUAAAAGACAGGCACGAGGAUGAAUUUCUGUACGACAGGAUCAAAAUUAUUCAUCUUUCAGAUGAAAUGAAUGCGAAACCACAAGAUGUGUACAGCAUACCAUCAUCAGCAAGACCAUUAACGGCUCUUCAUCCAAGUCCAGCAGGAGCGACUAAAAUGGCAGGACUGUAUGCCAGACCACAACCAAAAUAAAGAUUUAUGCAGCCUGGAUCGUCUUUUCUGCAUCCUGAGCAACUACUGAGAUAUCUGACUUCAGCACACAAUACUUUUCAAUCUGCACAUAGAGCAUUCAGAAUGUAUAUUGUUUAUAACAUUUAUUAGAAGGCUAUUAGCUGAAGCAGAUAUUGAGCUACCAGGUUACCUUUGGUAAUACAUAUGGUAAGCAGCUCAAGCAAUAUCAGUCAUUUUUAUCAGGAGCAGGCACUAUUGGUCCUUACAAAAAACCUAGUCCAUUGAGUGAUAUUUUAUAGUAUAAGAAUGUAAAGACUCACAAACUGGGAAACAUCAAGGACAGAUUUGUUUUGUUUUAGCUUAUCUCCUGAUUAUCUCUCAGACUGUUAUCUCUUUUUUUACUUUCUGUGUAGCACUUUGACAAAUAUUUUACGACUGAGUUUGCAGUUGCACUUGUCUGUCAUGUUAUUAAAUGUCAGGUCGAUUGAAAUGCUUAAGAGCCAGAUGGAUAGAUACUUGGUUAUGGAGAAAAGGCCAGGAGAUGGAAUUAAAAGAUCUACCAACAUCCAAUAAAUUGACAGAACAGACUUGACAGGUCAAAUUGCCCUCUGUUACUAUGUUCUUAUGUAAAGCUUGUCAAUAAAGAACAAGUACA